UAAAGUUAGUGGCUGUUAGCACAGCAGUAGGAUUUGUUUUAUCGCUAACUACAUGAGCAAUCUAUUAAAGAGUUGAAUAUAUUGACUAUAGAGAAUAAAAUCCAUUUUUUGUUUGGUUCAGAAGAAAGAAAAGUUAAGUUUACAGAAGAAUGGCGAGCAGACGGAUUACUCAGGAGACGUUUGAUUCUGUGGUGCAAGAAAACAUAACUGAGUUUCAAAUGGAGCCAGAAGAGGCUCUGAAUGAAGCAAUACAACAAUUUGAGUCACAAGGUGUCGACCUUAUUAACAUAGUGAAAGCUGUCCAGAAUACAACUACAGAAGCCAGUGAUCAGAAGCACAUUGUCCUGCAGGCCCUUGAUGAGCUUCGGAGAGCCCUGGAUCUCAUGGCUCUGGAUGAAAUGGGGGAUCACCUGACUAACUUCAGUGAGCAAUGUAGCCUUGACUUUGCUCACCGUCACCUGGCAGCCGAAAAGUCAGCCUAUCCCACGGUCCUUUCUUCCUGUCGACAACUGAUGUCCAAUGCACCCUAUCUGCUGAAGGGAAUCCAGGCCUUGGCCAAUCUGUUGGAUGGUCAGCCAGACCUCCUCGACCCAGAGGGCCAGCAGCUCCUCCUGGAGAUCUUGAAGCAGCACCGGGACCAUGCAGCUCUGAACACAGUGACAAUCUGCGCCAUCCGUCACAGUUGUCUGAAACACGAGCAGAACCGCCAAGACCUCGUGCAGCUAGGCGUUUUGGCAUUGCUGACUGGCGCUAUUGUGAACCAUGGCAAUCAGGCGGAUGUGGUCAGAGAGGCAGGGAGAGCCCUGCGGGUCAUGACCUAUGACGACGAUAUCCGGGUGCCCUUUGGCCGUGCUCACGAUCAUGCCAAACUGAUAGUGAUGGAGAAUGAUGGACUUCGGAUACUCAUUGAAGCUGCAAAAGCUUUCACAGACAAUCCAUCAGUACUCAGUGAACUGUGCUCCACGUUGUCUCGCCUAGCUGUCAGGAAUGAGUUCUGCCAGGACAUCGUGGAUCUAGGAGGUCUCAACUUCAUGGUAGCCCUGUUGGCAGACUGCAUUGAACAUCGGGAAGUAGUAAAGCAGGUUCUGGGCGCAUUGCGAGCGAUCGCAGGUAAUGAUGAGGUAAAGGACGCAAUCAUAAAUGCUGGUGGAACAGACCUGAUUGUGUUAGCCAUGAACCGACACUUGGGAACCCCACAGAUCUGUGAACAGGGAUGUGCUGCCUUGGGCAUGUUUGCCUUACGGAAACCAGAAAAUUGUCGUGUGAUCAUGGAGGGUGGUGGAGCACUGAUUGCGUUGCAGGCAAUGAAGGCACAUCCAGCUGAGGUGAACGUCCAGAAACAGGCCUGCAUGUUGCUCCGUAACCUGGUGGCCCGCAAUCCUGACUUCUCCCAGCUGAUCCUGGAGAUGGGAGCUGAGGUGCUCAUCCUGCAGGCAAAGACCACACACCAAGACUGUGAGGACUUGGCAAAAGCUGCCCUGCGGGAUCUUGGCUGCAAAGUGGAGCUUCAAGAGUUCUGGACAGGGCAGAAAGCUGAGAUUUCCCGUUAACUGCCACUUUGGGACAAGACUAGGAGAUGGACCCAGAAAGCACACGUCAUGUUUCGUUGCACAUUUCUGGAUUUUUCUAACAUUUAACCUCUGUGCUCAUCUGAGACGUUGUACAAGCGACCAGAGAACCUGUGAGGUGUCUGUUUCAGCUGUGGUGAGUUGAGGAUCUAAUAUUUAAACCACUUGUCUGGAAACACUUUGCAUUCUGCUGCUGACGUUUUGGAGAGAAAAACAGCGCUGGGUAACAUAACAAUGGAAUUUCCAGAAGCCUAUUACCUGUCAAAGUGCAAGAAAGUUCAGACGUGGUCAUUCUUAGUGGAAGGAUCCUCUGAGUUUGGUAGUGAUCAUCAAUCAAUAGCCUGCUCCAAGUACCAAUCUGCAUUGUGGAAAGUCCCAUUCACUGAAGUGGAGGCGAGGGUCGUGGCACGUGGCACUUGCCACCAGAGGAUAUUGAAGUGUUUAACACCAAACUUAAUAGAUUUUGUAUCUUGAAGCAGGUUGUGAAUCUGGUAUUAAACAUGCCCCACUCCAUCCCAUCAGUUAAUAAUUUAAUCACCACCUCAUUACACAGUGUAGGCUGCGUAUAUCUUGCCUUUUUGUCUGUUUCUUCCUUUUUUUAAAAAAAACUUGUUUAGCAGUGCCAUAGUGCUCACUGGGUCUGUAAAUGAAAUGAACCAUACAUUACCAAGCAAUUAAUUUUAGAUGCAGUGAUUUCUUCUGAUAGUUGAUGAUAUACAGAAUAUUAAAAAAUAUCCAAAAGGAACUUUUAAGUCUGAUCAGUAGGAUUGACACCGGUGUUUCAAUAUUCCCACAACAUGGGAUCUUUAUUAGCAAUGGAGAGGAGAUUCUCUCCAUCCUUGCUUGAUGAUAGAAUUGAUUCUGUACAAGAGCCUAAGCAACACUGUUUACAACCCGACAACUAGACAGUCUCCUGUCAUCACCUCUUAAAACAGUAUUUUACACAUUUUAUUCAGUGCACAUGCACAAAUACACACCUCCCCUACAUACCUAAGGCUUUGACACCAUCGAACUCCUUGUGUGUAAUAGAGAUCACAGCUAGUUAAUUGAGAUUUGGUUGUGACUCUGCAUUAGUCAUGUCCUGUGCAAAUUGUGAAAGCAUGUCAGCAGAUCUGGCAAAUCCCCUGCAAUUCUGUGAUGACUUUGUUGGGCCCUGGAUUUGAAAUCCGAUCAAUAUUAUUGUCUUGCAGCUGGAAGCAAUGUCUGCCUUGAGUGAGGUUGUCCCUUCUGUUCUGCUGCAGUGAGUCAGAGGUUGACUCUGUACACAUCAGCAAUGUUAUUUAACCCUUACAUGCAUCUCUUUGAAAGCACUGACAUGGACGUUACUGUUUGAGGUCAUAAACCUAUUAUGUAUUUCCACAAAUUUAUUGUUUUAUCUUGGCAGUCAUGCCCGGCUGUUUUUAAUGUAUUUUAAUGUAUUAAAAGUGUUUGUGUGCAUGCAAUUCUU